CUCUCUCUCUCUCUCUCUCUCUCUCUUUUUUCUGUUCCAGAGGUUUCCACAAUCCCCAUUUUCUUCUGGCCCAAAACGAAGCAACAGUCUCAGCUUUCUUUAUAUUUCUGAAAAGCAGAAAUUUUGAGUUCCAGCUGAUCUUCUCUGUUGGAACUCUAUUUCUGCCUGAAAACCCAGAAUCACAAGCCUGAUUUUGACAUUGUAGCAGAAUCACAAGACCCAAUUUGAUAUUCAGCUGGAAUUUUCAGAACAGGGCUCCUCUCUGCUUUCUAUUUGUGCUGCUAUGCAUGUUCUCCGAACCUUUCUGAGCUCAUAGGGUUUAUGGAAAUCUGAGGUUAUUGAGAUGGACAGUUCGGAGACAUAGGUUUCGUGAAUACAAGGAUCAUUUUCGUUUGAAGAAUCUGUGAUUCAGUUGUUGCAUAUUGGUUGUGUUAAAGACACGGAUACAAUGAUGAUUCCAUUGAGCAUGGUGAUGUCCAAAUUACCCAAAUUACAAAAUCUAUCUGCUUCUGAUCACUCAUCUGUGGUCUCUUUGAACCUUUUCGUGGCGCUCCUUUGUGCUUGCAUUGUGAUUGGGCAUCUUCUUGAGGAGAAUCGGUGGGUGAAUGAAUCAAUCACUGCCCUUUUGAUCGGGGUGUCUACUGGAGUAGUUAUUCUUCUGAUCAGUGGAGGAAAAAGUUCACAUCUUUUAGUAUUCAGUGAAGAUCUGUUCUUUAUAUACCUUCUACCACCUAUUAUCUUUAAUGCCGGGUUUCAGGUGAAAAAGAAGCAGUUUUUCGUAAAUUUCAUUACUAUUGUAAUGUUCGGUGCUAUUGGUACAUUAGUAUCCUGCAGCAUCAUAGCAUUUGGUGCUACACAAAUCUUUAAGAAAUUGGAUAUUGGUUCGCUCGACAUAGGGGAUUAUCUUGCUAUUGGUGCAAUAUUUGCUGCAACGGAUUCCGUAUGCACGUUGCAGGUGCUCAAUCAGGAUGAGACACCUUUACUGUACAGUCUUGUAUUUGGCGAGGGAGUUGUUAACGAUGCUACAUCUGUGGUGCUUUUCAAUGCUAUCCAGAGCUUUGAUCUGACGCACAUUGAUCCCAGAAUCGCCUUGCAGUUUAUGGGCAACUUUUUGUAUUUGUUUUUUUCAAGCACCAUGCUAGGAGUGAUUACAGGGCUGCUAAGUGCUUUCAUCAUCAAAAAGCUUUAUUUUGCAAGGCACUCUACAGAUCGUGAGGUUGCUCUUAUGAUGCUCAUGGCAUACCUUUCAUAUAUACUGGCUGAACUAUUCUAUUUGAGUGGCAUUCUCACUGUAUUCUUUUGUGGGAUUGUGAUGUCCCAUUACACCUGGCACAAUGUGACAGAGAGUUCAAGAGUCACGACCAAGCAUGCUUUUGCAACCUUGUCAUUUGUUUGCGAGAUUUUUAUCUUCCUCUAUGUUGGUAUGGAUGCCUUGGACAUUGAAAAGUGGAGAUUCGUAAGUGAUAGUCCUGGAACAUCAGUGGCAGUGAGUUCAAUACUGCUAAGUCUUGUGAUGCUUGGAAGAGCAGCUUUUGUGUUUCCCUUGUCCUUUUUGUCAAACUUAUCGAAGAAAAAUGACAGGGAGAAAAUUAGCCUCCAGCAGCAAGUGAUAAUAUGGUGGGCUGGUCUUAUGAGAGGUGCUGUAUCUAUAGCACUUGCUUAUAAUCAGUUUACAAGGUCUGGUCACACUCAAUUGCGAGCAAAUGCAAUCAUGAUCACCAGCACAAUAAGUGUUGUUCUUGUCAGCACAGUGGUGUUUGGUUUGAUGACAAAACCUCUAAUUAGAUUUUUGCUGCCUCACAAACAAAUGACCAGCACAACCAGCAUUGUGUCAGACCCACCCUCUCCGAAGUCGAUCAUUGUUCCGCUUCUUGGGCAGGAUUCUGAAGCUGAACUGAGUGGUCAUGAGGUGCGUCGUCCAGCCAGUAUACGUGAUCUUCUGACGACUCCUACACACACUGUACAUCGCUACUGGCGUAAGUUUGAUAAUGCUUUCAUGCGUCCGGUAUUUGGUGGUCGGGGUUUUGUUCCCUUUGUUCCUGGCUCACCAACUGAACGGCACAACACUCAAUUCCAAUGAGUCGAGCAAAAAGUUUGUAAGUUAUGUAUAAUAUCUAGAAAUGCAAUACUUCAAUUCAGCAUGUGAUUAUUCUGAGCUUUUGGGUAAUAUAAGCUGUGUGCAUAUCUGGAUAGUCAAAUUGAAAAAUUUGACUUUAUAGUUCUCAGUGAACAUGAGAUCUGAGAGUUCAAUGUAGUUAGAGGACCAUCAGUGUAUUGAAUUUAGAAUUUGUAAGGCUCCAUAAUUAAGUCAAGUUGAAAAGGGCAUCAUUCUUCAGUCUUUACA